CUGGCUGUCGGCUUCCGGGUCGGUGGGUAUCGCUGCUGCUGUUUACCGGGACCGGGAGCAGGAGACCGACGCGCCGCCGCCAUGAACCGCUUCUUCGGCAAAGCGAAGCCGAAGGCGCCUCCGCCCAGCCUCACCGACUGCAUCGGCACGGUGGAUAGCAGAGCUGAGUCAAUUGACAAGAAAAUUGCUAGGCUUGAUGCAGAACUUGUGAAGUAUAAGGAUCAAAUGAAGAAGAUGAGAGAGGGGCCUGCAAAGAACACAGUAAAGCAGAAAGCAUUGAGAGUGUUAAAGCAGAAGCGAAUGUAUGAACAACAGAGGGAUAAUCUAUCACAGCAGUCUUUUAAUAUGGAACAAGCUAAUUACACUAUUCAAGCACUGAAGGAUACAAAGACAACGGUUGAUGCAAUGAAACUGGGGGUGAAAGAAAUGAAGAAAGCUUACAAGCAAGUCAAAAUUGAUCAAAUUGAGGACAUACAAGAUCAGUUGGAAGACAUGAUGGAAGAAGCCAAUGAAGUCCAGGAGGCGCUGAGCCGUAGCUAUGGAACACCAGAGAUUGAUGAGGAUGACUUGGAAGCAGAACUGGAUGCAUUGGGUGAUGAGCUUCUAGCCGAUGAAGACAAUUCCUACUUAGAUGAAGCCGCGUCUGCUCCAGCCAUCCCAGAGGUCACUCCUACUGACACAAAAAACAAAGAUGGCGUAUUGGUGGAUGAAUUUGGGUUGCCGAAGAUCCCUGCAACAUAAAUGUUUCAAGAGCACAAUGGAUAUAACGAACUAUACAGAUCAAAUUAAGAAUUUUUUCUUUUUCAGUCCUGGAGAACUUGUCCUUCCAGUGUAAUCUUAGUAUCACUACAUCCUAGAACGCAACAUGAAUGGCUGGUGGUGUUCCUUCUUUGAAGAAAGUUGCUCUACUACUGAUUUUUCUGCUAAUGGAAAAUUCAUCACAGUUCCCUUCAGUGGAAGCAGUCAGUCUGAUAGGUUUUGAUUUCCAUGUCUUAUGGACAAAUUAAUACAUGAAGAGUAGUGGUGGCUGUCAAUAGCUGAGGUUUAUUUUCACUUUGUAUUACGUUUCUCUUUCUUGAAACCAAGAUUGUACGCUGCUGCUUGCUCUCUGUAAAAUAGCUCCCUUAUUACUACGCUUAUUUGAUAAAAAGAACUGAAAGCAAUUUUUAAACUACUGGUGGAGACUUGUACCCUGCUUUGGAUGCUGUAACCAGUCGGGUUGUCAUUAACUUUAUGUAUUCUAUGGAGACAUAAAAUCCUAUAGAUGA